UAACUUAUUUGGUACAAAUAGCCUUUGGCUGCUUCGUACUUUGUUGUUACUGCAGUGUGGAAUGGUGAUGACUGUCUGGCCAAUGGUUCACAUGGAGAUCCUUUUUGUUGAUAAUGAAGUUGGAUUAAGGUUUUUCUUGUUUGAAGGUUCCUUGAAAAAGGCUAUAGCUUUUGUUUUCCAGGUCCUUAUGGUAUUUUAUCGACCUACUGAGCAGGGGAAGUGUCCUGAUCUGCAGUUGCCUAUAACUUCAAUCAGGUUCAACUUUUCUUGCUCUCAAGAUCUUAGGCGGCAAUUUGUCUUUGCUUUUUACAACUUCCAUGAAGUGAAGCAUUCAAAAUGGAUGUUACUGGACUAUAAGCUGAAAAGACAUUGUCUACUUAAUAGGCAACUACCUGUGUCCGAGUGCACUUGUGAUAACAUUAAGGCUCUUCAGAAUGGAACUAAUCAGCUACUUGGUUCUCCUGCUUGCAAAGACUCCUCAACAGUUGAGGGUUUAAGGAGGAGAAAGUAUAGGCCAGGUAUCAGCCAUAUGGGUGUCUCCAAAGAAUCUAGUUUUCUGGGAGUUGGCCAGUUUUCUUGCAAUUCUGAGAAGCAUAGAAAUCUUCCUCAGUUUGCCUUUCCUUUUGGUGCUGCCCUACUUUCUUUCUUAGUUUGCAUCUUAAGCUACUUAUGGAACGUAGUCUUUCUUGCAUCAGCUUUCGCGAUCAUGACUCCAUUGAGCACCAGGAAGCUCUGGGAAUUUGUUGUUGGAUGACAGUUGUAGUAGAGAUGACUGUAUGAACAAUUCUGAAAAUAGUGUAGAAAAAAAUCUGAAGGGUUCAUUAAAGGAUGUUGCUUUUGAUGCUGAAUUAAUAACUCUUGGUCUCUCUGUUUGUGGUAAUUUAUGUCUGAAGAAGUCCUCACAGAAGUACAGAAAUGGUGAUCAAAUCGUUGAUGGAACUUCUGCUAGCUCUCAUGAACCUGAAGAAAUUGGAGCCAUAGCCAUUGGUUCAUUACCGAAGCAACAGUGUGACCUUUCAGAGUCUCGGCAACUUGAUUUGUCAUCAAAGUCUCCAGUUAAUGGUAAUAAGAAGAAUGGAAGCGGUUGUUCUGUUUUGAAUGGUAUUAGGGUUGAGAUUCCACCCUUUGAUCAAUAUGGAAAGCAUUUUGACAGUGAAUUACCCUGUACACAGCAGUCUGCUGAUUUGAUUUGGAGUAUGACGGGUGGUGUUAUCCCAAGUCCUAAUCCUACUGCUUCUAGAAGUACAUGGCAUCGAAAUAGUAGUAGUUUAUCAAUUGGUUAUCAUGCUCAUGGUUGGUCAGAUGGAAAGGCUGAUUUCUUCAACAGUAACUUGGGAAAUGGACCUAAAAAGCCACGAACUCAGGUAUCAUACUCGAUGCCCUUUGGAAGCUUAGAUUACAGCUCAAAAAAUAAAGGCCAGCAGCAGAGAGCCCUUCCUCACAAGCGAAUUAGGAGGGUUAAUGAGAAGAGAUCAUCUGAUGUUUCUAGAGGCUCCCAAAGUAAUUUGGAAUUACUAUAUUGUGAUGCAAAUGUACUAAUUACUAUUGGUGACAGAGGAUGGCGAGAAUGUGGAGCGCAGGUUACGCUAGAGCUCUUUGAUCAUGAUGAAUGGAAGCUGGCUGUUAAAGUGUCAGGGUCUACAAGGUACUCUUACAAGGCACAUCAGUUCCUGCAGCCUGGAUCCACCAAUCGUUUUACACAUGCUAUGAUGUGGAAAGGAGGGAAAGAUUGGAUCUUGGAGUUCACAGACAGGAGUCAGUGGGCUCUUUUCAAGGAGAUGCAUGAAGAGUGCUACAACCGUAAUUUUCGUGCUGCUUCUGUGAAGAACAUUCCUAUUCCUGGGGUUCGCUUAAUAGAGGAAUAUGAUGAAAAUGUGACGGAAGUGUCAUUUGUUCGUUGUUCUUCAAAGUACUUCCGCCAGAUUGAAACUGAUGUUGAGAUGGCUUUGGAUCCAUCCCGUGUUUUAUAUGGCAUGGAUAGUGAUGACGAACAGUGGAUUUCGAGAAUUCGCAAAUCUUCAGAAAGUGAUGUGAGUAAUUCUUUGGAAUUUUCUGAUGAAAUGUUUGAGAAGGUUAUGGACAUGUUUGAGAAGGCUGCAUAUACUCAACAGUGUAGUCAGUUUACUUCUGAAGAAAUCCAAGAGAUCAUGGCUGGAAUUGGGUUCUUGAACGUAACCACAGCAAUCUAUGGGCAUUGGCAACAGAAGAGGCAGAGACUUGGAAUGCCUUUAAUUCGUCAUCUCCAGCUGCCAUUGUGGGAAAGGUACCAACAGCAAGUGAGAGAGUGGGAGCAAGCAAUGUCUAAAGGUAACUCUAAAGCCAUUGAGAAGCCACACAUGUUUGCUUUCUGUAUGAAACCCCGGGGACUGGAACUUCCGAAUAAAGGGUCCAAACAUAGAUCCCAGAGGAAAAUUUCUGUUUCCGGUCAAAACCAACAUGCCUUGGGAGAUCACGAGGGUUGUCAUUCUUUUGGCAGAAGAUCAAAUGGGUUCCUGUUUGGGGAUGAAAAGAUUCUAUAUCCCGCGCAUAACUAUGAUUCUUUCGAAGAUUCUCCACUGUCUCAAGUUUCACCGAGGUUAUUUUCACCGCGAGAUGUCGGUAGCAUGGGAUACUUCCCGAUGGGAAGUGAUAGGUUCAAUAAGAAUUAUCUCCAUAAACUUCAAAGAAGCAAGUCAAAGAAGUAUGGAACUUUUCUGCCAUUGAAUGAAGCACAGAUGGUGGAUUCAUACAAUCAGAGGCUAAUGGGCAAGAGAAAUGGAAUUCACAGAUGGAACAGGGACUUUCUUGAGUGGCCAAGCCAGCGGCAUUACCUUCCUGGUGGCUUCCAAAGGCAGGGUCCAGCACAUUGGGAUAACUCUGAUAUCGACGAGUUCACAUUGCGUGAUGCAUCUAGCACAGCGCAGCAUGCAUUUAAAAUGGCCAAGUUCAAGAGAGAAAAGGCGCAGAGAUUGCUUUUCAGAGCAGAUCUUGCAAUUCACAAGGCUGUGGUUGCUCUCAUGACUGCAGAGGCAAUUAAAGAAUCUUCCAAGGACUUAAAAUGGUGGUGACGGGUAGAAGAACAACCCGAUGAAACUUGGAGAGUGUUGACUGAAUGAAAUUAGCCAGCACCAUUCAGUUCUUGAGCUGAUGAAAUACGUAAAGAAUCAAACAUUCUUUUCCUCGAAAUGGUGGCUCGGAGUUUUGAUUGGUUGAUUAAGCGUACAAGUGCCAACACGAAAGCUCUACUGGCCUCCAUAUUUUCUUUCUAAUCCUAGCAACAGGUUACACAGUAGUAUAACCGUUGUUUUGAUUCUUCCGGUAAGUGGUGUAUGGAAUUUUGGCAGGUGAUAUUUGUACAGAAUUUUCUUUUUUUUUUCCCGGUCCAUGACGUCGUAGCUCGAUCGUUUUUUUUCUCCUCUUAGCCUGGAUAUGGUCAUAUCGCAGUAGAACAGGUUAGCUCAAAAAAUACAAGCAUGUCUUUUGGAAUCAGAUCGAUGUUUCCCUUUGUGAUUGAAAUGCUUGGAAUUUGGCGCAUUUGUUAGGGAUAUAUGUAUGAAAACAAAAGUCUACAUCUGAAUUGAGAAACAAAAAUUGCUUCAAGUAUCAU